AUGGAUCAAGAACAGCGUAGUUAUCUUCCCCCUCCUCGAGGCUUUACGAGGGAGGUUUCGCUUGUGGAAGCUCCCAUGUCCAGAGAAGACCGGGAGAUGGCCGAAUUGCUGCAGGCCCAAUCAAUGCAAGAACAAGAGCAGAAACAUAGCGAGAAGUCAAGAAUGCUGAUAAGAAGGGUUCCAAUGCCGGUAUCCUCAGCGAAUGAAAAAUCCAGUGUAGAGAGGGAGACAUUAGCGAUGCUGGAGGGGAGAAGCGAAAAGAACCAUGUCCUUUCGGACAACAUGAAUCCCCAUUCCCCGACACCACCUGUUAUUGAGCAAGCUGAGAUAACUAGAGAUGACGGAAUGGAUUGGGACGCACCACCGCCUGCUUAUGAACAGUCUUUUGGAAACGAGCGGCAGAGCAUAUCGACUGCAGUUCUUGACAAUGGGAGAGUUUCUAUGAUGUUCAGAGGUAGAGCAGCACUCACAGGUUCACCGCUUUGCCUCCUCUUCCAACUUGUUGGAAGUCGAGGCGACGUUCAGUCAUUCAUAGCAUUAGGCCAGGAGUUGAAGCUGGUGGGGCAUCGAGUUCGACUGGCAACACAUGACUGUUUUGAAGAAUUCGUUCAUAAAGCCGAGCUUGAGUUCUUCCCGAUCGGAGGUGAUCCGACUGAAUUGAUGGCUUACAUGGUCAAAAACCCUGGCAUCAUUCCCAAGUUUGAGUCAAUACGAGCUGGCGAUAUUCAAAAAAAGCGGAAGAUGAUAUCAGAAAUGCUAGGAGGAUGUUGGAAAUCAUGUUUUGAACCCGAUCCAUCGACAAAUAUUCCGUUUGUCGCAGAAGCAGUAAUCGCAAAUCCCCCUAGUUUCGCACAUGUGCACUGUGCUCAGGCGAUGGGAAUCCCAGUCCAUCUCAUGUUUACUAUGCCAUGGAGCCCAACUCGAGCAUUUCCACACCCAUUGGCGAAUGUGCAGCUUAGCGACACUGACCCCACUACUACGAAUUUCCUCUCAUAUGGCCUGGUGGAUAUGAUGACAUGGCAGGGGCUCGGAGAUGUCAUUAAUCACUUUCGGAGGAAGACUUUGAAUCUAGAAACACUUCCCCCAAUGGUUGGCGCAAAUCUCGCUGCCGAUCUCAAAAUUCCAUUCACAUACUGCUGGUCGCCUGCACUGAUACCCAAGCCCUUCGAUUGGCCCUCGCAUAUUGAUGUCUGCGGAUUCUUCUUUCGAAACGCUCCCGAUUAUACUCCAUUUCCCGAAUUCGAUGCUUUUCUCAGAAUCGGCCCGCCUCCCAUAUACAUUGGCUUUGGAUCCAUUGUCAUGGAUAACGCGGAGAAGAUGACAAAAAUCAUCAUUGGGGCAGUGAAAAGCUGUGGCGUGAGAGCAAUUGUGUCCGAAGGCUGGAGUAAGCUCGGCAAAGGCGCAGAAGCUGAUCCAGGUAUUCUUUUCAUUGGCGACUGUCCUCACGAAUGGCUGUUCAAACAUGUUACUGCGGUGAUCCAUCAUGGAGGAGCAGGAACUACUGCAUGUGGGCUUGUCAAUGGCCGUCCAACAGCUAUCGUGCCAUUCUUUGGGGACCAGCCAUUCUGGGCAAACAUGGUAGCAGCAGCAGGCGCCGGUCCAAUACCUAUCAGAGUGGCCGAUCAGUCAGCCGGCUUUUAA